AUGACUAAGUUCGGGAGGCCUGCUCCGGAGAUUGAAGGCUUUGUGGCGGCCAGUGGACUAAGUCCUUUGAUCAUCUGUUCCCUAGAUACGAGCGAUCGGGGAUUAAUGUCUGCUUUUGUGGAACACUGGCAUAAGGAAACUAACAGUUUCCAUUUGCCUGUCGGAGAGGUGACUAUCACCUUGGAUGACGUCGCGUCGUUGCUACAUCUGCCUGUUGUAGGGGCGUUCCACAACUUCGAGCUACUUCAUGUCGAUGACGCUGUCAAUAUGUUGGUGGAAUUACUCGAGGUCAGCGCUGCAGAGGAGAGAGCUGAGACGAUUCAAUGUCAUGGCUCUUAUGUUCGACUAUCAUGGUUGCGCGACGUGUAUCAGAUGAAGAUCGAGGCAUGUGACUAG